AUGACUACCGAAGAAAUUCCCAAAACAAUGAAACGCCUCGUCGUCAAGGCGCCUGGAAAAGAUGUGGCCAGCUGCCAGAUUGAAACCGAAGAAGUGCCGGUUCCCGAACCAGGAGCAGGUCAAGUCUUAAUCAAAGUUACAGCUGCGGCUAUUAAUCCUUCGGACUAUGGUUCGUGGCCCAAUUGUCGUCCGGAGCAGUGCCCCUUUGCCAUGGGCAAAGAAGGCUGUGGCGUCGUGGUUAAAACUGGAUCAGGCAUACUCACGUCCCUUAUUUGCGGCGUCGGUACCAAAGUGGGCUUCUCGAAUCUGCAGAACAAACAGGGUUCUUAUUCGGAAUUUGUCGUUGCCGACGCCUAUACAAGCGUCUUUCGGAUGCCAAACGACCUCCCCAUCGAAGAUGCCGCCUCCUUUUUCGUCAACCCGUACACAGCCAUAGGAAUCCUGGAUACAGUCAAGUCGGAAGGGUCCAAGGCCUUUGUCCACACGGCCGCAGCUUCCCAGUUGGGACAGAUGUUAAUUAAGGUUGCGCCAUCCCAAAACGUCGAGAUUAUCUGUGUCGUUCGGCGGCAAGAUCAAGCCGAUCUACUCAGAAACAUUGGUGCCAAGCAUAUUGUCGUUACGGGCAAGGACGACUCGUGGAAGCAAAAGCUCAAAGCCAAAAUCGAUGAGCUAAAUGCAACGGUCGCUUUCGAUGCCGUCGCUGGAAGGUCAGCUGGAGAUCUUUUGGACCUCAUGCCUGUGAAAGGAACAGUCUAUGUCUACGGAGGUCUUGCUGGAAAAGUGGAGAAUGUCAAUCCGAUGGCACUCAUCUACCACGAGAAAAAACUCAAGGGUUUUUUCUUAACAGCGUGGAUCCAGCAUGGCGGUAUGCUGGCAACAAUACCUCGAAUGAUGAUGGCAGGACACAAGGUCAAUACAGGGCUCUCCGGUGGCUGGAGUAGUUCGAAGUUCAAAGAUACGUCGUUGGAGAACGUACAGUCGGACAUUGUCCAGAUGCUCAACAGUAGUGUUACUGGUCAGAAGCUACGCGUUCGGUUGGACUCUUGA